AUGCAAACUGUGACCACCAUCGAGUCACAUACCUGUGGCGAGCCCUUCAGGAUUGUUGUUGAUGGUAUUCCUGAGCUCAAAGGAGAUACUUUAUUACAGAAACGAAACUUUCUGGAACAGCACCAUGAUUACAUCAGACUCGCUUUAAUGAGAGAACCACGAGGUCACUACGACAUGUUUGGGGGAAUUAUUCUCGAGGCAAUGACCGGAGGAGAUGCGGCCGCACUAUUCAUGAAUCCAAGCGGAUAUACCGACCAAUGCGGACAUGGGAUGAUCGCGAUUAUUACAAUGCUUAUCCAGCUGAAAAAGCUUCCUGAAGAGAGGUACAAACUUAAACCAGACUUGAUGUCUGUUUCUCUUGAAACGACCGUUGGAACAAUCCAAGCAAAGGCAUGUUGGAACGGUAAGCGAGUUGAAUUUGUGAGUUUCCACAACACCCCAGUGUGGAUACUCGAACGAGACUUGAAGGUCAAGUCUUCUAUUGGUGAGAUCACCGGUGACAUUGUAUUCAACGGUGCAUUCAAUUAUUUUGUUGAAGUCGACCCCAAAGUCUUAACAGUGAAGCCUGAAAAUACGGCCGCGAUUGUGUCAUUGGGUGAAGAAAUCAAGAGAGAAAUUAUUAGCAUGGGAGUCAAAUUCGUCAACAAGGACUUUCCGCAGAUAAAUCAGCUACAUGGUGUCGAUUUAAUUAAUUACCACGGCAAAGAAACCAACGACGAGACGCUCCCUGACCAAAGGUCGGCUCUGGUUUUCGGUCAUAAACAGAUCGACCGAUCUCCAUGUGGGUCUGGAACCGCUGGAAGAACAGGCUUACUUUAUCUGAAAAACCGAAUCUCCAUCGACCAUAAGUUUGUUAACGAAUCAUUAAUAGGGGGCAGAUUCAAGGCUCAGAUAGUGGAUGAUCAGAUUAUGGCUGACUGUGGCUCUAAACCUGCAUGUGUGGUUCAAAUAGAGGGACAAGCGAAUUUGCUUGGCACCAGCAGCUGGUGGCUCGAUGAAGAAGAUCACAUUGGGUACAACGGAUUCAUAAUUAGUAGAUAG